AUCAAAGAAUUUAAGCAUGAAUUGUCAUUGCGGACGCAUCCAUUUCUAACAAAGAAAAGUCCGGCGGUGACAGACACUCCAUCGACGCCAACCAAUCAGUCACCAGAAUAUUGAUAAAGUUGGUCAGAGUGCUAGAAUAACUUCGCAUUUCAAAGUCAAAACAGACAAUUCCACUGAGGCGAUAAUUAAGAAUACCACCCAUUCCUCUGGAAAGGUAAGAGAUAUGGAAGGAGAUAAAGGAAUAGUGUGCGUGACUGGAGGGACCGGUUACGUUGGCUCCUGGUUGAUCAAACUGCUUCUUGAGCUCGGUUACUCUGUUCAUACCACUGUUAGAGCUGACCCAGGUAACAAGAGAGACCUUAGCUUCCUCACCAACCUACCAGGAGCAAAUGAAAGGCUUAAAAUCUUCACAGCAGAUCUUAAUGAUCCCGAGAGUUUUGGUACUGCCAUCGAGGGAUGCAAAGGAGUUUUCCAUGUUGCUGCUCCCAUGGAUUUCCAGGACAACGAACCCGAAGCAGUUGUGACCCAAAGGUUAAUCGAUGGAACAUUAGGCAUCUUGAAGACAUGCUUGAGAUCAAACACAGUGAAGAAAGUUGUAUACACUUCUAGUAUUACCGCCGUAUAUUUCAACAAGAUCAAGAAUGUGGAGAUUAUGGACGAGAGUUAUUGGAGUGAUGUGGAUUACAUUCGAUCAGAAGUUAAGUCAUAUGUGAGUUCUUAUGCCAUUACCAAGACUUCGACAGAAAAAGCAGUUCUUGAAUUUGCAGAACAACAUGGAUUGGAUUUGGUUUCCAUCAUUCCUCCUAUGGUUCUGGGUCCCUUCAUCUGUCCCAAGAUGCAUGGUCCAGUGCGCACCGCAUUGUCUCCCAUCCUAGGGAGUAGGAAAAACAAUAAUCUUCUUCUCAAUCUUGCAAUGGUGCAUAUGGAUGAUUUGGCAAGGGCAUUCAUCUUCCUGCUUGAGCAUCCUGAGGCAAAAGGAAGGUAUAAUUGUUCCUCUGAUACGGUUACUGCUCCAAAGAUAGUUGAAAUUCUUUCAACUAACCAUCCAGAAUUCCCAAUUGUAGACACCCUGGAAGGAAUUGAAGGUGCUAAAUUGCCUGGUUUGUCAUCAAAGAAGCUCUUGGAUUUGGGUUUCAGAUUCAAGUAUGGGGUUGAGGAUAUGUAUGAUGGAGCUAUUAAAAGCUGCAAGGAGAAAGGCCUUCUCUAGUAAGCAUAAACACGGUAUGGAAUCUAUAGGAAUGAUGUUAACUCAUUGUUUCAUUGCAGGGAGAAAGGAGGCCUGAUACAAUUCAAUCAAUAGAUGAUGCUGAUGCAAUACUUCUUUUGAAGAUUAUAGGAUUCUUUUGCUCUAAUUAAAUGAAAAUUUAAAUGUAUUUUUCUGCAUUUUUCAUGUUUGAAUGCUUGUGUUUUCAUGGACUUCAUACAUGCUAGUUUGUUUCGGAGAUAAUUGUAUGCAGUUUCUUGCUUGUCCUGUGAACCCAUCACUCUGCCUGUAAUUACUUUUCUUUUUAUUAUAGAGGAAUAUAUUCAGUUGAUGGAACCAAA